AUGGCUGCUCCAGUGGUCAUCAUCUUCGCGUGCUGCUUGAGCAACAUCCCGGCAGUCUUUGCCACGCCAGCAACAUCUCAAGUCGAUCCGAAUUUCUUCCCCGGCGUGCAAACUGGUCUCGGAUCAUGGUUCAGAGCCCACAACACGCAAGACCACACCAAUGGCCACAGCUGGUGUAACUAUCCAUAUACUGACGACGAUCCAAUCUUCGCGCUCUGUUUGUCAGCAAUGGGCGGUGCCACGUUCUACACUAAUGAAACGAAAUGGAGCGAGUCAAUGGCGAAGUACUGUAGUCUGGAAGCCAAAGUCACAGAUCCGUCUACUGGCAAGUCAAUGCUGCUAUACAUUGGAGACUCCUUCGAGGACGCAUAUUGCCAGGUCCGUUUUAAGCAGCUUCAUGGCGAUCCGCAUGACGACAAGCACAAUGAUAUCAACAACGUGCAAUGGAAGCUCACAGGCAAUAAGAAUGCUCGAUACUCUGCACCGAAAGCUUGA